AUGUCACGCUGGGACAGGUCACCACAGAACCCCCCCUUCCCCAGGAACGGAUCAGAGAGAAGCAACCUGGCCGGGGUGCGGCACAUCCUGCUGGUGCUCUCCGGGAAGGGCGGUGUGGGGAAGAGCACCAUCUCCAGCCAGCUGGCCCUGGCCCUGCAGCGCUGCGGGAACAGGGUGGGGAUCCUGGACGUGGACCUUUGUGGCCCCAGCAUCCCCCGCAUGUUCAAGGUGCAGGACAAGGAUGUGCACCAGUGUGACAGUGGGUGGGUCCCUGUCUUCGUGGGCCAGGACAAGAGCAUCUCCCUCAUGUCCAUUGGUUUCCUGCUGGAGAGGCCAGAUGAUGCUGUGGUGUGGAGAGGACCCAAGAAGAACGCUUUGAUCAAACAAUUUGUUACUGACGUGGCCUGGGGGGACCUGGAUUUCCUCAUCGUGGACACCCCACCCGGCACCUCGGACGAGCACAUCUCCACAGUGGAGGCCCUGAGGCCCUACCAGCCUCUGGGAGCAGUCCUGGUCACAACACCCCAGGCCGUGGCAGUGGGAGAUGUGAGGAGGGAGCUGACCUUUUGUAAGAAGACAGGGCUGCAGGUGCUGGGCAUCGUGGAGAACAUGAGUGGCUUUGUCUGCCCACACUGCUCUGAGUGCACAAAUAUCUUCUCCAAAGGGGGAGGUGAGGAGCUGGCCAAGCACUCUGGGGUCCCCUUCCUGGGCUGUGUUCCCCUGGACCCCCAACUCAGCCAGAGCUUGGAAGAGGGCAAGGAUUUCAUCCAGGAGUUUCCCAAGAGCCCGGCCUUCCCUGCCUUGGCUCACAUCACCCAGCAGAUCUUGGAUGGGAUGAGGCAACAGAGCUCCUGA